AGCUGCAAACCCAAGUAAAGCCAGCCAGCCUACCCAUGCCACACCAGUACACCACAGAAUGUGAUGGUGAUUGUGAUCUUUCACAGUAAAAAAGAAAAAAAGGAAGAUCUGUUCUUGAAGCCAAACAGCGAUUGCUGGUUUUGCUGGUGUUGGCGAUGAGAUUCUAUUAUUCCCCUUGCCCCUAGUGGGCGAUCAACACCGACACCCACUGCACUGCCCCUCCCCUCCAUUCUUUUCUUUUCUUCAACCCACCGCGCGCUCCAAUUCGGAAGCUCGGGGAGCAGCAGGCAGAAGCAAUGGCGGGCUCGUCCAGGCUCAAUUCUAGCACGGCCGACGCUGCCAAAAGCAGCAAGAGCACGCCACAUGUGGCCGCCACCGCUAGGCCGGUGGCCUGUGGCAUCCCACGUCAUGCGGCGGCGCGUGCCGAGAGGUCCCCGGCGUUGGUGGAGAAGACGCCGUCGCCGUCGUCAGCCGACCACCGCUCGCCCAAGAUCUCCUCCCGGAUCAGUACACUGCCUUCUGCCGAGAAGCACAGGACUGCCGUGAAGAAGCAGUCCAUGGAACAGCUCGCGGCGAUCCAGGAGGAUCUCAGGAGGGCAAAGGAACAGCUGGCAAAGAAGGAGACGGAGCAUCGUAAGGUCGCCGACGACGCCAGGAGGACGGCCGAUGAGGCCAAUGCCAAGCUCCGGUACGCCCUCGCCGAGCUCAAGAAGGCGGAGGAAGCCUCCGAGACCGAGAUGUUCCGAGCCAUCGAGCUGGAGCAGACUACCAUCGAGUCCACGCAGAGGAAGGAUGAGCUCCAGCGGAGGCUGGAGGCAACGCGGCGCCAGCAGGAGGCCGACGCCGCGGCGCUGCGGUCCAUGGUAGCGCAGCUGGAGGAGGCGAGGCUAGAACUGGCUGACGCUAUUGACGCCAAGAACCUGGCGCUCAGCCACGCCGAUGACGCCAUCAGAGCCGGCGAGGCGAACGCCGCCCAGGUGGAGCUCCUCAACGCGGAAAUCAACCGACUCAAGGAUUCGUUUAAUUCUGAGCUAGAGAGCAAGGUAAAAGAAUCCGCUGAGAAAACCAGGAAGCUGGAGGCCGAGACGUCGGUACUAAGGAUCAAGCUCAAGAAAGCCAAGGUUGCCGAAGAGAAGGUGGCUGAAUUGGAAGGUGCCGUUGAAGGUCUCAGAGCUGAUGUUGCCAAUGCCAUCAAGGCCAGGAGAGAAGCAGAUGGAUUGGUUGGUGAAUGGAAGAAGAAGGCUCAACUUUUUGAGAUCAAACUGGAGCUAGCCAACCAGUCCAGCAUCCUCAAGGCUGAAUCCAUGAGUUCGGUGAUGAAGGAAUUGGAUGCGGCGAAUGCUUUGUUGCAGGUAAAAGAGUCUCAAAUUGCUCUUCUUCACGACAAGAUAGAGUCCUUGGAACAUGAAGUGGUGAGGCAGAAUGAAGAUAUCAAUGCAUCAGGUCAGCGCGUCGAUGCCGCGCAGAGAGGAGCAUUAGCCUUAAGGACAGAGAUCCAGGAGCUUAGGUCAAGGCUUGGCGCGAUGGAACAAGAGAAGAGGGGUACUAUCAAGGAUGGAAGCUUUACAAGCUCCCAAAUUGAGGCCAUAUGUGAAGAGAAGGAUAAGCUAGCUAAGGAACUAGAAUCUAGCAAAUAUGAAUGCGAGAAAGUUAGAAAAGCAAUGGAGGAUAUGGCCUCUGCAUUGCAAGAGAUGUCUGCUGAGGCAAGAGAGUCACAGGAGAAUUACCUGCACAAAGAAAAAGAGAUCGAGCACACCAGGGCAAAAUUACAAGAGCUCAACAUCAGCCUCAACAACACCAGGGAUAACUAUGAGGUAAUGCUUGAUGAAGCAAACUACGAGAGGAUCUGCUUGAAGAAUAAGGUGGAACAGCUGGAAGCAGAAGCCAAGACCACAUCUGAGGAGUGGCGAUCCAAAGAGCUUAGCUUUGUUAGCUCUAUCACAAAAUCAGAAGAAGAGAUCAUGUCAAUGAGAACUCGGUUGGGUAAAGCACUAGAGACGGCAAGAGACAUGGAGAACAGAAAUGCUCAACUAGAGGAGAAGGUAAGAGAACUGGAAGCUCUGAUGGACAAGGAUAAUAAUUACAGAGGAGGCAAAGACACAAAAGCGUACAAAGAGAAUGAUGGCCUGCAUCUGCAUGUCAAAGAAUCAUCUGGUUCAGAGAAAAUCAAGGACUUGUAUUCUCUGAUAGGAAAUGACGAGGGAAACACGGAGAAAGAUGGGCCAGUUUUGCUAGUUUCUAAGAUGUGGGAGAACAGCUACAACUUAUCUAAGGAGAGGGACGACGGUGAACCGGAAGUUGAUCUGUUGGACACAGACAGAGACAUUGCUGCUGAUGGCAAUGGCAGUAGGUUGUCCACAGAGAAGACCAACAGUAACACCAAAUUGGUAGUCAAGCAGAACCAGCAAAAGAAGGCUUUGAUGAAGAAAUUCGGUGGCUUACUGAAAAAGAAAAGCCAACAUUAGGUAAUCCUUAUCAAAUAAAAGGAAAAAAUUGCUUGAUCUAUAACACAUAUGACUGUUUUAUCUCGUUUAUAUAUUAUUACGUCCUGCUGACGUGGCAGUGGAGAUGAUAACUGUAAGCUUAAGAGGGAAGAGAAAACUGAAGGGUGGUAUAUUUCCUUUCCCUUUUUCGGGUUAAUUUCUUACGUUGUGUAUUUGUGAGAAGUAUUUAUGCUCUAGUUUUGUUUUCUGACUGGUUCUCUAGUUUUUGUAUCUAUAUGUAUGCUGCGGUUAUAUGAAUGUAAAGGAAUAUGAGGUUGCACUUGGGUUGUUCUCCAAUACAUUUCACAACCUAUGUAUAUGCAUCAUGCGUGCAUAGAACACCAACCAAGCAAGGGGUAUCAACUAUUGGUGUGUACUUUCUACUCCCUCUAUAUCACAAAAUAGAAGUAUUCCUUGUAUCCAGUGACAAUUUUAUUAAUGGAAAAAAUAUUAUUGGUGGUGAGUGGUAA